CGCUUGCCCUCUUGGCUUUCUGAUUUCUUUUCUCUUGGUUCUCCCUCUGGCAGUCCUGAGCUCUCGCUAUUUUCCUAUUUGAGUUCCCCGUUGUUGAUAUCACCAGCAGCUCACUCCAUCAAAUUGGCAUACUACCUGUCCAAAACUCUACUACACUUCAAGCUGCCUUAGACUGAACACUUCAAGGUCCUUUCAUCUAGUAUCCCUCAAGUUCCGCUGUCGUACCCACCGCUUUUACGCCACUCGAUAUGCUUCUCCUUCGUCCCCUCAUUGCUAUAGCCUCCGUGGCUGGCCUGGUCCUCUCGCAAAACACCUCCUCCUCCUCCAUUGACCCCAAUAGCGUCCCGAUUGAUACGAGAAAGCAAUGGUGUCAGUCUCAGACCUCGUCAUGUCCAUUACUUUGUUAUCAGUUGCCAAACACAUCGGGCUCACCCAAAGAAAACACAUGCGACGCUAAAACUCUCCAAUACCAGUGCAUCUGUAGCAAUGGCCUGAGUCCCAACUCAUCUCAGUACUCACAGACCAUCCCAUACUUUAUUUGCACUGAAGAGAAUGACGAAUGUGUCACUAAAUGCAAUGGUGAUUCGAGCUGUCAGUCAAAUUGCCGGUCUGAGCACCCCUGUGGUGCACAGAACCCCAAGCGUGUAAACGUGACGUCCACCGCUGCCUCCACCACUGCCGCAGCCACAACUUCCCUUCCGCCAUUUACUGGAGUCCCUGAUAAGGGAGCAGCAGCCAGGCCGUCAACUGACCUUGGUCAGGUAUAUGGCCUGGUUGUAGUUGUGGGAGCUUUCCUGGCUGGGUUUACGACAUUGCUUUGAGACCAGGCUACAAGUCAAUACGAAGUUAAUGCCAUCUCUACCAAGUCCAAGGUUGGAACAUUUGUAACGGGGCAUGCCACAUUUAUGUAAUAGUCACUUUUCGCUCAUGUUUUGUUGAUCUCUGAAAUAAUCUUCUUUCUUCACUGAGAGCGCUCGCAGCUAAUUGAUGGGGCGUCUUCUUUCCACGUCGACACAAGUUAUGUAAUGGGAAUUCAUGAGACCAUCCACUCUUUCCAGAUCUAAUAAAGACUUUGAUCCAGGCGUGCUACAUUUUAGGCAUUAGUGCGCAGUUUCUAAUGUCCAAAUGAGAUACAAACAAUUUACACAGCUG